CGUUUCGCAUAUGAACAUAUGAACAGUCGGAUAUAUCCGAGCACCAGAGAGGGUCGGAUAUAUAGCCGCCUUUACUGUUGGCCCUGUCGGUCGGCAUGAGCUAUUGCUUUUGGCUUCGGUUUGGUCUUGGUUUGGUUUGGAUAGUCAGUUCGGUUUCGUUGGCCUGUGGUGACGCAUCUAGAUAGCGGGUUGCCGGUUUCUUUCGCGAAGUGCCCUUGUUUCCACCGCGGAUUCACUUCCUCUCCCUGGCCAACAUAUUUCGGCAACACGUGUUGGCCGAUAAUUGCCGGAACCGGGACGGAGAAUUCUCGCUCUCCCUCUCCCACUUUCUCUCUCUGUCUCUAGGGAGCAAAGUACACGUCAACGGAGCAGAGAGUAAACUCUAUUUCUCGGAAACUUGCGAGUGCGUCGACAUCACGAGAUUGUGCCAAAAAAGCAUAGCGUUUCCGAUUUGGUGUUUCAUUAUACCGGCGCCACUCGACGAAGUCAGCUGCGCGGACGGAAUCUAAUAUUCGGAUUCGUGGACUCUGGACAAAAGUGCUGAGUGUGCAGUUUCGCCAUGGGCUACGACGAGGCCAUCACCCAUCUGGGCGACUUUGGACGCUACCAGAAGAUCAUCUACUUCCUCAUCUGCCUAACGUCCAUUCCAGUUGCCUUCCACAAGCUGGCCGGGGUGUUCCUGCUGGCCAAACCGGACUUCCGGUGCGCACUGCCCUUCGAGAAUGGAAGUAGCUACGAGUUGCCCACCCACCUGUUGAACCUAUCGUAUCCGCCGAAUGAAAGGUGCUCCUACUACGAUGUGGACUACACGGAGGAGUACCUGAAUGGCAGAAUUCCACGGAGCAGCAACGAAACCAAGACCUGUUCCAGCUACGUUUACGAUCAGAGCAAGUAUCUCAAUAGUGCCGUGACCGAGUGGAACCUGGUUUGUGGCAGGGAUUUCAUGGCCGCCACCAGUGAUUCGCUCUUCAUGCUGGGAGUGCUCCUGGGCAGCAUUGUGUUUGGCCAACUGAGCGAUAAGUACGGAAGAAAGCCCAUCCUCUUCGCCUCGCUGGUCAUCCAGGUGCUGUUCGGCGUUCUGGCUGGAGUGGCUCCGGAAUAUUUCACCUACACGUUCGCCCGGCUGAUGGUGGGUGCCACCACUUCCGGAGUUUUCCUGGUGGCCUAUGUGGUGGCCAUGGAAAUGGUGGGUCCGGACAAGCGCCUUUACGCCGGCAUCUUCGUCAUGAUGUUCUUCUCCGUGGGAUUCAUGCUGACGGCGGUCUUCGCCUACUUCGUCCACGACUGGCGCUGGCUGCAGAUUGCUCUAACGCUGCCCGGACUCAUCUUCAUGUUCUACUACUGGAUCAUUCCGGAAUCUGCCCGCUGGCUGCUCUCGAAGGGACGUAAGGAUUGCGCCAUUGCCAACAUGCAGAAGGCGGCGCGAUUCAACAAGGUGGAGAUCAGCGAUGAGGCUUUGAGUGAGCUGCUCGAUGAGGGAGAAAACUCCGAGGAGAAGGCCAAGCAGAAGCUGGAGGAUCAGGAGCUGGAUGAGGGACCACCGCCCUCCGUGUGGGAUCUCUUCUGCUACCCCAAUCUCCGGCGCAAGACGCUGCUCAUCUUCCUGGACUGGCUGGUGACCAGCGGCGUGUACUAUGGUCUCUCCUGGAACACCAACAACCUGGGUGGCAAUGUGCUGCUGAACUUCGUCAUCUCGGGAGCCGUGGAGAUCCCCGCCUAUAUAUUCCUUCUGCUGACCUUGAACCGCUGGGGCCGGCGAUCUAUCCUGUGUGGCUGCCUGGUGAUGGCGGGUCUCAGUCUCCUGGCCACGGUCAUCAUUCCGGAGCGAAUGCACACCCUCAUGAUUGCGUGCGCCAUGCUGGGCAAGCUGGCCAUCACGGCGUCGUAUGGAACCGUUUACAUAUUCUCCGCCGAGCAGUUCCCAACCGUGGUGAGAAAUGUGGCUCUGGGCGCCGCCUCCAUGGUGGCCCGUAUCAGUGGCAUGAUGGCACCGUUCCUCAAUUUCUUGGCCACCAUUUGGAAGCCUCUGCCGUUGCUCAUCUGCGGAUCGCUGUCCUUGGCAGCCGGAUUGCUCUCCCUCCUGCUGCCGGAGACGCACAACAAGCCCAUGCUGGAGACCAUUGCGGAUGGCGAGCGCUUCGGCAAGAAGACCAAGGGAGAUGUCUACCUGGAAACGGGCCAAGAACUGAGAGCAGCAGAGGCGCAGCCACUCAAGGGAUCAGGCGAGACGAAUGGAUCAACCAUAGCCAAUGGCCACUAGUACUAGUAAGCCGCUGGGGCUGAACUUUAAAGUUUCCAGAAAUUACAAACAGGGCAUCUAGAAUUCGGUCACGCCAAAGGCAGGGCAUUUACCUUUAAAACAUAGACCAAGUAUUAUAUAAAUUCUGAAAUCUCACACGUAACCAAAAAAGAAAAGACCAGGCAAA